GACGAGGGAGGACAAGCGGGCUAAACCGUAGCGGGCCAAAUCGCAAGGGGUCGAGCCCAAGCAGAGAGGAGGAACACGCCAAGCGAAACCUCUCGCUUCCCUCCCUGCUUCCUCCCCCACCCUUCGUCUCCGGCGAGCUAGGGUUUCCGCUCGCCGAGCGCCCGUCCUCCCCGGAUCUCCAGCCAUGUACGGCGGCGACGAGGUCUCGGCAAUCGUCAUAGAUGUGGGCUCGUACAGCUGCAAGGCGGGCUACGCUGGGGACGACACCCCCAAGGCCGUCUUCCCAUCGGUUGUUGGUUCAAUUGAACAAACAGGGGAUACUGAUGAAGCCAAGCCAGAGAAAGAGGUUGACUCUGCAUCAGAUUCUAAGAAUGGAGCUAAGCCUAUGGAUGUGGACAGAUCCAAGAUAAAACGCAAACUUUAUGUAGGUCAAGAACUAGAGUUCAGGAGGGACCAUAUGGAGGUGAUUUCACCUAUGAAAGAUGGAACAGUUACUGAUUGGGAUGUUGUCAAUAAUAUAUGGAAUCAUGCUUUCAGACGGCGGCUGUUGAUCAAUCCUGAGGAGCAUCCCAUGCUCAUAGCUGAACCAUCUAUAAACACUGCACAACAAAGAGAGAAGGCAGCAGAACUUAUGUUUGAGAACUACAAAGUGCCGGCGCUGUUCCUAGCAAAAAAUGCAGUGCUCACAUCUUUUGCAUCUGGACGUGCUACAUCUUUAGUGGUUGACAGUGGCGGUGGGUCUACUGUGGUUGCUGCCGUGCAUGAUGGUUUUGUUUUGCAGAAGUCUGUGUCGACUUCUCCAAUUGGCGGUGAAUUUUUAACUGAUUGUAUGAUGAAAAGCUUGGAGAGCAAGGGUGUUGUUAUUAGGCCCAGAUAUUCAUUCAAGAAGAAGGAGAUCAGUCCUGGAGAAUAUAAGAUUGUAGAUCUCGAUUUACCAAACACAACUGAGAGUUACAGGUUGUCCUGCAUGAGAGCUAUCGCUAGUGACAUCAAGGAGUCCGUUUGCAGAGUCCCGGAUUCUGCCUUUGAUGAAGUGGCAUAUGCAAAUGUUCCGACAACUUCAUACGAGCUUCCAGAUGGACAAACUAUUGAAGUUGGUGCAGAUAGAUUCAAGAUUCCUGACAUUCUGUUUAAUCCAUCUCUAUCUCAGACUAUUCCUGGGAUUGACGGGUUUGCAGAUUCAAUGUCAGUUCGUGGCCUUCCACGGAUGGUCAUUGAUAGCGUAAAUAGGUGCGAUGUCGACAUACGCAAGGAACUACUUAGCAGCAUCUUGCUUUCUGGUGGCUCAUCAUCGAUUCUGCAGUUGAAGGAGCGCCUAGAGAAAGAAGUACUAGAGGAGUCUCCUCAAGCUGCUCGUGUGAAGGUUCUGGCAAGUGGAAACUCAGUAGAGAGGCGAUUCAGUGUUUGGAUUGGAGGGAGCAUUCUUGCAUCUCUUGGGUCGUUCCAGCAAAUGUGGUUCUCCAAAGCAGAGUAUGAAGAGCAUGGAGUUUCCUAUAUUCAAAGGAAGUGCCCAUGAAAUAAUGGAACAUGUACAACAAUAAUAUGCCUUGCAAGCCCCGUGCUGCCAAAGGAUGCGUGUGUAAAACAGUUUGAUGCAGGCGAUCACAACCACAUUUCCUCGUUAGCCUGUGUAGACCAUAUCAGGCGAUAUUCAUGGUAAUUAUGUUAGUUUGUCGGUGAUGUGGGGGUAACGUAAGAACAAUGUAAGUUAAUACUUUAAUGGCUAGUUCAUGUGCUGAA